AUGUCCUUUAAGGACGAGCUCAAUGUGAAUAUGGCAUUUUUCGGAUUUGGAUGCCUGGAUGACCCAUCAAAAUAUGAAUCAGAUGAUGAUGAGGUGAAGGACGAGGAAGUGGAUAAGGACUGCCCUACCAUUCACCUAACUAAGGCCGAAAAAUCUCAGCUAAGGAUGCCAUGGAUUCAGUCCCUAAUCAUCAAACUCUGGGGAAGGACUGUCAGCUACAACUAUCUCCUACACAAGCUCAAGGCCAUGUGGAAUAUCAAAUCCCAUUUUGACCUCUUAACUCUGGACAACAACUAUUAUCUCGUGAGAUUCUCCUCAGCAAUGGAAUAUGCGCUAGCGAAGCAGCAGGGGCCGUGGAUGAUCCUCGACCACUACCUCAUUGUUAAGGAGUGGGCUCCCAAUUUGAAAACCGAUAAGGUUGGGAAGAAGAUUGGAAGACCGAUAAAAGCUGAUAUGAAAACCAUGGCCGAAACUAGAGGAAGGUUUGCAAGGCUGCUGGUUGAAUUCGACAUAAUGAAGCCACUCCUGGCUAAGUUUAAGGUAAGAAACAGCGUGAGGAUUAUUGAGUCCGAGGGCGCUCAUCUGAUUUGCUUUCAUUGUGGUGUCUAUGGCCACUGGAAGGAAGCAUGCCCAAACGUCGGAGGUUCAUCGGAGAUCCAGGGUGACGAGGAAACAACGGACAGAGAAGGUGGCGUGUCCGACGUGAGUUGA